AUUCUGCCCCGGCACAGUAUGUAGUAUGUAUGUGCGUGUGCUGCCUCGCAAGGCGUCAGCGUACGUGCCCCUGCACGAUGCUGCUGGGAGAGGGGGGGGGGGAGCAACCGCGAUAAGCAGCGCAGCUCCUGCGGCACAGCGCAGGCAGAGUGAGUAUAACUAGGUCGGCGUACGAACGUACGUCGUAGGUAUGGACCUGAGCAUGGGCUUUCGUCGGGAGCUUAGCUGUGGUUCGUCGCCAUGCGAUGCAAGCAUCAUCCCAUUCAGCCUUUGCGGGCGCAAAGGUGUUUCAGUCCGUUGUUACGUCCCCGUUCGUCACAUUUGCUCGAGAGCCGUCGUCGUUUUUGUGCGAGUGCCUCGCGCUGCCGCCGAUCUGACAUCCUUUUCAGCCCUUCUGCGCCCGCCCCAGAUAGGAGCGAGUGCGCUCGCACGCGGAGGCCUUCACCUGCCUGCGCUGCCACACAACUCGCCGCCACCUCCGUUGCACAAGAACGAGACACCUGGGACGCGCACGGCUGCAAUUACGUAUUUUCACCAGUUUGCGCCGGAGGCGCGUUAUCUGUUGUAAAAGCAUCAAGACACGGAGACUGCUUCCGACUCGCUGGCCAAGCCCGAACGAAUAUAUGUGCAUCUGGAGAGUGUAGGGUAACCCGACCCGGUCGACGCCCGAAACAGGCAGGCGGGCGCACAGGACAGGCGGAUAGCGGAUGGUGUUGUGCAACUACAGGC